UUCAGCUCUGUCAGCGCACCGCACACCUCGCGUUCCCGCCAGGCCCCCGGGCCGCCUUCUGCGGUCGCCAUGACGGCGGCCGUGUUCUUCGGUUGCGCUUUCAUUGCUUUUGGGCCUGCGCUCGCGCUCUACAUCUUCACCAUCGCCACCGAGCCGUUGCGCGUCAUCUUCCUCAUCAUCGGAGCUUUCUUUUGGUUGGUGUCUCUACUCCUUUCCUCCCUUGUUUGGUUCAUAGCAGGAACCAUUACUGGUGACAAAGAUGGACCAACACAGAAAUACCUGCUGAUCUUUGGGGUGUUAGUCUCAGUCUUUAUCCAAGAAAUGUUCCGGUUUGCAUAUUAUAAACUUUUAAAAAAAGCCAAUGAAGGUUUGAAGAAUAUAAACGCAGAUGAGACAGCACCGUCUAUGCGACUGCUGGCCUAUGUUUCUGGCUUGGGCUUUGGAAUCAUGAGUGGAGUAUUUUCCUUUGUAAAUACCUUGUCUGACUCCUUGGGGCCAGGCACGGUGGGCAUUCAUGGAGACUCUCCCCAGUUCUUCCUAAAUUCAGCUUUCAUGACGCUGGUAAUCAUAAUGCUGCAUAUGUUCUGGGGCAUUGUAUUUUUUGAUGGCUGUGAGAAGAAGAAGUGGUAUGCCCUUCUUGUAGUUCUUCUGACCCAUCUGCUGGUGUCAGCCCUGACCUUCAUAAAUCCUCAUUAUGGAAUAAAUCUGGUGUCAGCAUAUAUAAUCAUGGUGCUCAUGGGCAUCUGGGCAUUCUUUGCUGCUGGAGGCAGCUGCCGAAGCCUGAAACUAUGCCUGCUCUGCCAAGACAAAGACUUCCUCCUUUUCAACCAGCGCUCCAGAUAACCCCCGAGAACCAGCACCUCUUAAACAGUAAGCUGCAUCUUUAGAGGAAGCACAACUGUGCCUUUUUUUAAAAUCCCUUUUCCUGGUGGAAUUUAGAACAAAACAAAACUAUCUAGAUACAAUAUGGCUUUCAAGCAACAGCUCUCUAAAAGGGAUACAUCAGUGAUGUGCAUCUUGGCUGUACAUUAGAAUCACCUAGGGAAACAUAACGACUACUGAUUUCUGGGCUCCACCCUCCAUAUUUAAUUGGUCUGGGCAUUUGGUAAUUUUUAAAAGCUUCCCAGAUGACUCGGAUGUGCAGCUGGGUUUAGAACCAUUGGUGUCCAAAUAGGAAUUGCCUGAGAGUCCCAUAAGUAAAUAAGAAUCAGGUGUUUAGCUGUCUCCUAACUCAACUUGUGCUGAGCAAGUAAAUAUCUGAAUGUCAAAUCCUGGUUAGCCUUUGUCUUUUUAAGUUCUGAAGUCACAAAAGGCUAAAGGGCUACCAUCUCUGUGAACUGUUUUCAUGUACUUCACUAGUACCCUGUUUUAUGAGAACAUGGUAGGCUGUGCUUCUAAAUGCAAUAAUAAAUUGCACUGACUUACUAUGAUAAUUUAGCCAAAGUAAACGAUUGAUUAAUCAGCUGUAUUUUUCUGUAGUUUUUCCAUUCUAGAAUUUGCUUUUUGAGUCAUUACAUUGUUUUUCAAGUAUAGAUUCAGUUUCUUUAACUAAAAACCAAUUAUUUUCUGACUUCCUUGAAAGGUAUUAUAAAGCCAAGAAUUUUUGUGUAACAUCUAUAAAUCUUUCCUGGAUUUAACGCUUUUCAUGGGCUCUGCCCCAAGGCAGUGUUUGCCAGCUGAGUGCUAGUUGCUGGGCUAGUUGAGGUGAAGCCCAUUGUUCUCUCUCUGAGCAGCUCUGCAGGUUGCUGAGUGAUGUACCCUGGGACAGGCUUCACUGAAGCUGGUGGAAGUUUACCAAAACACGAGGAAAACAAGCAAAUAGGGUGGUGUUGACACUUUUAAUUUGCUCCUGUGAUACUAAACACUCCCCCUCAAAUGUUGUAGUGUAAAAUUGGCAAUUAUGUCUUAAACUGCCAAAUUCAUGCUUUUACAUAAUCCAUAUAAUCUUUAGAUCUAGUAAAUGUCUCUGGGUUUUGGUAGCAGAUACAGCAUUUCCUUUAUAGGAAUACCCAAGGUGUUUGUUCAGCUUCUAAACAACCCUUUUGAUUCCCUUUAUAAAGAGGAAAUGCCAGUGAAUUGUGCCUUUCCUAACUAGAAAUUGUUCCCAGUUGAUGGCUUUUAGGGAGCUGAUCGUGUGAAAUAGAAAUUCCCUAGACUUAAAGUGAUAACCUCAGUGAAUCCCAUAUGUGCAGUAGAACAUCCAAAAGAAACAGGAGUAGCAAUGUGGGGGCUCACCAGUGACAUGAAAGAUGGAGGAAUUUGACAAUGCUGUGGUGGGGAAGGAUAAUGAACAUGUUUAAAAUGGAAACUCGGCCAGUAUUUUGGGCUAGCCACACAUAAUUCCAGGGACCAGAACCUUACAUGUGAACUAGACCUUUAGCAGUGAAAUCCCCUCCAUAAAUUACUAGAAUUUCUCAAUCUAGGAAUUCAAGAGGAAUAGGGUUUCUAGCAAGGCUGUAAACAUAAGCAAUUAUGGUUAGUCCCCUAAAGUUUACUUCAGCACCAAUACCAAUACUUCUGCUAGAGUUCAGAAUUUUCCACCUUAAUACAAGAUUUUCCUUAGUCUAGAAGAGUCAUAGGAAGAGUCAAGGACAUAGAGACUGAAUAGUGAAAUUUACUGUGCAGAGUUGAGGAGAACAAGAUACCCAUUGAACGGGGCUUUAUUCCUAGUGGAACGUGGUGUUCUUUGAUGAACAGAAUAAGAAAAAUGUAUAGUUGGUUAUUACUGUUGACUUACAAAUCUCUUAAAUGGAUAGUCUGAUAAAAUUUUGCUGAUCUGUAAAGUGUAGAAAAAUCUGAGAAUAUUAAUAGUACUCAUACUUGAGCUCUGAGGAUGUCCUCUGUGCAUUAAAUUUAAUAUUAAGUAAAGAAGCUGGGAUAUUAUAAAAUCUCAUAAAAACUUCUCAAGUGAGAAGAAAAUUUUCUUUGAUGGUUUGACUAUUGUCUUAGUUCAGGAAAUUAUUUAAUAAUCCUUGAUUACCUAUCCAAAGAGGAACUUUGUAAUCCUGAUUUCUCUUAAAAUGUGAACACUGCCAUAGUCAGCUUAGGCACUAUUGUUACAAAUAGCCUUGCUUUGCCUCAUGCCAAGGAAGCCCAGAGGGAGAGUAUAGUCUUCCUCUGUUGCUGUAUAUAUAUUGAGAUGCUUUUUUUUUUUUUUUUUCUUUGCAUUUGUUAUCUUUCUGAGCCCUGAUGGUAUUUGGAGAGGAGGUGGUGUUGAGGUUGUAUCUCUCCUCCACAUAGGGCUUUCUCAGUUUGGAGGGAAAUGUAGGUAUAGUUAAAGUUGACCUUGGAAUGUGAAUAUUAUUGUAGUGCUUGAAUAUGUUUCCAAGUGAAUAAUAGAUUGAUUUUGUUGCUCUCUAACAAAUUUGUAUUUAUUUUUAAUUCAUUUGAAUUAGUAGUUGUAACUGGAGAAGUUUUGUUACCUCGAUCCUGGCCUGCCUGACUGGUAAUAUAGUAUUAGCAGCCUCUUUUGAGCAUUUUCAUGAAAAUAUGGCUGAAAGGAAUAAAUGAUGAUAUCUGCAGAUUGCACAGAAAAUGGCUUUUGUUCCCAAUGUUAAUAUUUUUAUUCUCAAGCACAUUUCAAUGUUUGCUGAGAGGGGCAGAUUCACAUAAAAAAUGCUAGGUGUUCUUAUCCAUAGAGUUGGUGCAGUAUAAGCAGUUGUGACAGAAGCUUCCUUCUACCUGAUACUGUUCCCACUCACCUCAGACUAGCCCCAAGACAGGGAUUAGCAAUCAGCGUGGACCUGAGGGCUCCAGGGAAGCCGGGGUGGCAGCCUGUCUCAGGCACCAGCAGCCUGCUCCCUGGGAAGAGCUCCUUGAGAGUGCUAGCUUUUUGUUAGCUAAGUUUUUCCUGGGCCCCACCAUUCGUAAGACAGGUAGACAAAGUAGAUGUCACAACAAAACAAUUUUAAAGUGCUUUGCUUAGAGCUCUUUGUUUAUGAUCGCAAUGUUUACAUUUCUCAUUUAAUAAAAGGCUUUACUUCAUUCUAUUAAAUUUUAGUGUUUAGAGAGGUGUGUACUGUCUCUUUGUAUAAUAUGUAUCAUUUUAUAUAAGUUAUACUGUUAUGUCAUAUAUACUUGCAAUAUCAGACCUUGUGUUCAAUACACAAUGCAAUAGACCCUUUCUAGACCUGUAUUUUUCAGUGAACAAUAAAAAGAUUAUUUGGCACUACUCA